AAUACGGCAGUUCAGAUUAAGUAACAAAAAUGGGCUAGGUUGGUUCCAGGUUCUUUCGACGAAGGGUUCGGGUUGCCAUGAUGAUGGUUGAGAUGGCUCCAGUCACAGCAGCAUUAGUCACACUAAAGUAUUUCUAGUCUAGCGCCGCCACAAUGCAGUGAACCUGUGGCUGAGAGGGAGGGGCUGCCCCGCGAUGAGUUCCCCGUCCUUGAGCCUCCAGACGCACAACUCGGCAAAAAUUUCAAUCCACCAAGACCAGCUCGUGCAAAUCGACAAAUCGACCUUGCAACGAAGCCUUUCCGAGACAACAGGCACAUAUCAGGCAUCGUACCAAAACCACCCCUUCUGGUGCAUAUAAAGUGCAAAAAUGAGGCCCAUUCUAUUGUCGGGCCAUGAGAGAGCCCUCACCCAGAUCAAAUACAACCGUGAUGGCGACUUGAUUUUUUCCACCGCUAAAGAUCAGCAUAUCUGUGUGUGGUUCGCACAUAACGGCGAGCGUCUCGGCACCUACCACGGCCACCAAGGCGCCAUCUGGACCGUCGAUGUCGACCCCACCUCGACCAUCAUCGCGAGCGGCUCAGCCGACAACACCAUCCGCCUCUGGGACAUCAAGUCGGGCAAGUGCUUGAAGACAUGGGAGUUCCCGACCGCCGUGAAGAGGGUGGAGUUUAACGAGGACGGGACGAAGCUGCUGGGCGUCACCGAGAAGCGGAUGGGCCACCUAGGCACCAUUGUGGUGCUGGACGUCGUAAUCGACGUUGAGGCUGAGCAGAGCGACGAGAAGGCCAUCACUAUCGUCUGCGACGAGAGCAAGGCCACUGUUGCCGGGUGGAGCUAUCUGAGCAAGUACAUCAUUGCCGGACACGAGGACGGCUCCGUCUCGCAAUACGACGCCAAGACCGGCGACCUGCUCAUCAACAUCCCCAUUCACGAACUGAACAUGGCGAUUACCGAUCUUCAGUGGGGUCAGGACCGGACAUACUUCAUCACCGCAUGCAAAGAUAAGAGUGCAAAGCUCAUCUCGGCCCGCGACCUCGAAGUCCUUAAGACCUACGUCUCCGAUACCUCCCUCAACAGUGCCACCAUCACGCCCAAGAAGGACUUCGUCAUCCUCGGCGGUGGCCAGGCCGCUAUGGACGUCACCCGCACUUCGGCCCGCCAGGGCAAGUUUGAGGCCCGCUUCUAUCACAAGAUCUUCGAGGACGAGAUCGGCCGUGUCCGCGGCCACUUCGGCCCCCUCAACACCGUCGCCGCCGACCCCACCGGCAAGGGCUACGCCAGCGGCGGCGAGGACGGCUACGUCCGCCUCCACCAGUUCGACAAGGCCUACUUCGACUUCACCUACGAGGUCGAGAGGGAACGGCAGAACCGAUUGGCCCAGUGAGGUCCGGUCGAGGUUGUUGGGGGGAGGGUGGUUGCUGCAUGUGUGUCUGUGUGUCUUCUCUCUCUCUAUCUGUGGGGGCUCAUUGCUCGUGGGCUCCCAUUGUUUCCAGGCGUGGGCAUUCUAUCUCAUGGCGUUAUUUUCUUCUUUUUUUCCAGGGAAAAUUCUGAUCCAGCAGGGGGUUUCUCUUUGGUAAAGGGGGUGGGCUUUAGGUAAACCCAUCG